UGUUUGACCGACAAUAUCCCUCCUGUAUUUCCUUUUCAUAAUGCACGCUAGCUGGAACAACGGCCGAGAUUAACUCAUUUAUGUAUUGGAUAGCUCAGCAUCGUGCAAUGGAAUGUCGAAUUCGCUGGUCGUGUCGUGUUCUUAUACAAUUUGCGAGGCAGAACCAAACCGGCAGGAGUGGGUGUGGGAUCUGUGAGCAACGAGUCGAGCGUCUCACUCUCAAGAGAGCUGGGGGAUAAGAUAAGGAAUCGCAAAAUGCACAAUGACGCGCACUUGUAACCGAUACGCUUUAAAGCAAGCACUUGGCCUCUUACACUAAGCCUCACUAGUCGUAAGGCUGUUGAUUUUUCUUCUCGUUUUGUUUUAAAUUAGACAGACUAAGCGAUCCAAUGUGGUGUAUGAAACAAAAAAAAAGAAGGGAUGCUUGGUUUUGGUUCCGACUGAGGAUGAUGUUCGAUACUUCACCAAAUAUACCAGCAUGCCGACAUUUCAAAGCCCAGUCGAGGGGCAGCUAUCUUAUGCUAUGUGGCUCAGCGAAACAAAAUGGUUCAUUAAGGACAUGCGGGAGUUAUUGCUGCUGAAACAUGAUAGAUUUUGGCAUACCUUCAUGAACAAUGAGAUGGCCAUGGAAAGUGUAUUAUCGUUUAUGCAAAAUGCAAUACCUAUGUAUCUAACGUACAAGUUGAACUCUUUGGAAAACAAAGAGAUAGCCAAACUGUACUCGCUGGCUCACAAGACCGUUUACCAGAUCAUCUGCCGCUUAACUACGCCUCAGAAGAACAGACAUGAUUCGAUGGAUCGCCAGUUGUUUGCAAACAUGAUUUACGACCAUUUUACGGUGUCAAUGCCACUUAUCUUUGAUUUUAUUUUUAUCUAUGGUCGCGGUAAUGAAAAGGUAUCAUCGAUCGUGGAAUCCAUUGUAAAAUUGCAGCCAAAAUAUGAGGUGGACCUGAAAAUGGGCCUCCAGUAUCUCAUAAAUGUGUUUGCUUCGAUUCAAGCACGUUGCGAAUCGGAAAUACGUAAUCAAAAUUUGUCAGAAAGUGUUUUGAUAGAUUUGGUCCUCUACGCUCUUGAUUGCAGUUACAACUUAGGCUCGUUAGUAGGGGUAUCUGCUGUUAUGCGGAAUAUGUGCUGCGAUGUAAGCAUGGAGUAUCCGAUAAGCAACUUUUACGAAAACGUCGUUGUUGCUCUGUAUGCUUGCAUCCAGUCAGAGAAUGAAAAUUCGGAAUACUUAACACGUCUCAAUGACUCGCGCAUUGAGCUUCUCCAUGCAUUCCGAUCGAUCAUCCACGUCCAUUUGGAUAAAAUUCUACAAGAUCCUGAAAAUAGUCUUCUUUCGGCGGACAAAUUCCUGGGGAUUUUAACCGAGUGCUUGGCAAAUAAUGUGUUUGUAAAUGACUACAAGAAUCAGUAUCCAAUAGACGUUGAUUUUGAAAUAUUAGAGCAGGCGUACAGCUCGGUGGACAAAAUUGAGUUAGAUUUCAUCCGGAACGCGUACACGGCUUCUACCGACGAAGAAGGAAAUGGCCAGAAGAACAAUCGUCGCAGCCAGCCUCUGGAAAAAGCAAUUCAUACAUCAGACUCAAAUGAAACACAGAACUGCAGAAACGAAGCAGAGAAGGCUCAUGAGGUACAAAGUAGUGUACAAUACGUGCUGGAUAUUCUACCGCAUCUGGAUCCAGAUUAUGUACGAGGAGUAAUUGAACACUUUGACUGCGUUGAGAAGGCAUUAGCUGUUUUAUUAGAAGGCAAUGAAGAUACACAGCUCAUUAACGACUCCAAGAAAGAUACAAAUGGUGAAAUCGUACCGGAAGAUCCCUUGGAUUCGUUUUACCUGCAAACUGGGAUUGAUAGACUGAACAUCUACGAUGGUGACGAGUUUGAUGUGAUGAGCAAAAGCAAUGUAAAAGGAACGAUCAAGAAGGGCAAAGGUAUGCCUGGCAAUCCAAAGUCGUUCAGAGAACUCAUGGACGAUAAACGCCACGUGAACGAAAUGCGCCAUGUCUACAGCCAGUACAGUACUCUAGUUGAUAUGGACGACGAUGAGUAUGAUGAUACGUUCGAGGCAAUGGCCGAAAGUGAAUCCCGACACAUAAAAUUGGCUAAAGGGGCUAAAAAUUUAGUCAUCGAAGAAUCGGACAAUGACGAUGAAGCCGAUACCGAGGAUAGUGAAACUGAGUCGGAACCAAACAAAAGGGCUGGAUUUGAUUUUUGUGAAAACCCUGAAAUAGCAAGAAAGCGAUACGAGGAGCGACUCAACUCCAAGGGUGUUAAAGCACAUGCACCAAGAGAGGCUGCCGACGUUCGAGGCAAUCCAAAAGGCCAAGGGCAAGAUUCCAAAGUGUUGCAAAAUAGAAAAAAUAAGAAUGAACAUAAGGCAUCUCAAGGCAACCACAAUAGAAAACGUGGAGCAACGUUUAAAAGGAGCCGCGGCAUGGUUCCUUCCUGAAGAUUCAAU